AUGCUAUGUUUCUCGGAUCUUUUCUUAUUUUGGGCGUUAGUAGCAGUUACUGCGAGCGUCUACCCGUUUGUUCGUGAUAACUACACUUCGAAAUAUGGAUCUUUUACACCCGAAGAAUUAUUGGAAGCAAAAAAGGCGACGCGAGAAAUGUUCUAUUUUGCAUAUGAAAAUUACAUUCGGCAUGCUUUUCCUAUGGAUGAAUUGGAUCCAAUUAAUUGUUCAGGUCGUGGUUAUGAUCAUCUCCAUCCGUCCAAUAUCAAUAUCAACGAUGUUCUUGGAGAUUAUUCACUGUCUUUGAUAGAAUCGUUGGAUACUCUAGUUGUUUUUGAGAAUCGAACUGAAUUCCAUAACGCUAUUAGAAUGGUGAUCGACAACGUUUCCUUUGAGAGGAAUGUUACGGUGCAAGUGUUUGAAGCAACGAUAAGGAUAAUCGGGUCUCUUUUGUCAGCUCAUUUGAUUCUCACUGAUGAUUCCCAUAUGUUGGGUAAUUACGCUCUUAAUGAUUAUGAUGGAGAAUUACUUACAAUGGCACAUGAUUUGGCUAUUCGUCUGUUACCGGCUUUUAGUGGCACUAAAACUGGGAUACCGUUUCCACGGGUGAAUUUGCAAAGUGGGGUGAAGGAAGGAACGAUUAAUGAAAAUUGUGUUGCUGGAGCCGGAAGUUUGUUAUUGGAAUUUGCAGUUCUCUCACGUCUUUUGGGUGAUGGUACAUAUGAAAGCUUGGCGCGCAGGACUAAUCGGAAGCUGUGGUCAUUGAGAAAUAAAGUAACUGGUCUGUUGGGCAAUGUUGUAAACAUCCAAACGGGCGAAUGGAAAAGUGUGAUUAGUGGACUUGGUGCAGGCCUUGAUUCAUUUUACGAAUAUUUGCUCAAAGCUUUUGUUCUUUUCGGUGUUGAGACUGAUUUGAGAAUGUUUCAGGAAGUAUAUGCGCUCAUAAGAAGUCAAUUACGACGUGGCCGUGAUCGUUGCGUUCUAGGCGAGGGCGAAACGCCAAUGUAUGUAAAUGUUGACAUGCGGGAUGGUUCGUUGCUAAAUACCUGGAUUGAUGCUUUACAGGUUAGUUUUGCUGCUGUUCAAGUACUAAAUGGCGAUAUCGAUGAAGCAGUUUGCAUUCAUGCCAUAUAUUAUUCACUAUGGAAACGAUAUGAUGCCCUUCCUGAACGGUACAACUGGCAUUUAAAAGUUCCCGACGUAUAUUUUAUCCACUAA